UUCCGUGGCUAGCCGGCCCCGGGCACAAACCAUUUCCACUGACCGAAGCGGGUGGGGAGGCCGGAGAGAAUCUCUUCCGGGGAAAGAAUGAAGGUUGCCCUUGCCCUUCCCUGAGGGAUGUCCGUAGACUCCAUCCGGUGUUUAAGUGUGAGCUGGGGCCCAGGCGCCGACUCAUGCUUCCAGACCUCUCUCCCGCCGCGGAGACUUUCACUGGAACUCCCCCCGAGGGCUGUGUUGGUGCCGUCCGGGCCGGUCACGUGGGCGACAAGAUGGCGGCUCCCGGAGCGCGCUGCGAGCGUCGCGGUUGGUGAGACGCGGGUGGCGGUGGAGGGAGCGGGCGGGCGCGGCGUUCCUCGUCUUCCGGAAGAUCGCUCGGGCGUUCUGGCAGCGGAGAGCGCGGGGGAGGGAACCUGCGAGCAGCCCCGAGGGACUCCCUUCCUGGAGGAGCGUUGAUUACCAGGUUCUUGUGCCCCACGGUCCCCAGCUUCGGCCCCGGCGGGGCUGCGGAGGAAGGCGGCGGCGCCAUGGUGACCGAGCAGGAGGUGGAGGCCGUGGGGCGCACGCUGGUGGACCCCCAGCAGCCCUUGCAGGCCCGCUUCAGGGCGCUCUUCACCCUUCGCGGGCUCGGCGGCCCGGGCGCCAUCACCUGGAUCAGCCAGGCCUUCGGCGACGACUCCGCCCUGCUCAAGCACGAGCUGGCCUACUGCCUGGGCCAGAUGCAGGACUCCCGGGCCAUCCCCGUGCUCCUGGACGUGCUGCGUGACACCCGCCAGGAGCCCAUGGUGCGCCACGAGGCCGGGGAGGCCCUGGGGGCCAUCGGGAACCCGGAAGUUCUGGAGGUCCUGAAACAGUACUCCACCGACCCCGUCAUCGAGGUGGCCGAGACGUGCCAACUGGCUGUCAGGCGGCUGGAGUGGCUGCAGCAGCACAGCGGGGAGCCCGCGGUGGCAGGGCCCUACCUCUCGGUGGACCCGGCCCCUCCCGCUGAGGAGCGCGACGUGGGGCGGCUGCGGGAGGUGCUGCUGGACGAAGGCCAGCCACUCUUCGACCGGUACCGCGCCAUGUUCGCCCUGCGCGACGCCGGCGGCGAGGAGGCUGCCCUUGCGCUGGCGGAGGGCCUGCGCAGUGGCGGCGCCCUCUUCCGCCACGAGAUCGGCUAUGUCCUGGGCCAGCUGCAGCACGAGGCGGCCGUGCCCCAGCUGGCGGCGACCCUGGCCCGGCCAACCGAGAGCCCCAUGGUGCGGCACGAGUGCGCGGAGGCCCUGGGAGCCAUCGCCCGGCCCGCCUGCCUGGCCGCCCUGCGGGCCCACGCGGCCGACCCCGAGCGCGUGGUGCGGGAGAGCUGCGAGGUGGCCCUGGACAUGUACGACUACGAGACGGGGACGGCCUUCCAGUACGCGGACGGGCUGGAGCAGCUGCGCACGGCGCCCGCCUAGAGCCGCGGCCCGCAGCCUCCCUCCCCUGCGGGGGGCCCUGGGACUCCACACCGCGGCUGCGUGUAAACCGAGCUCGUGUGGGUGGGAUCUGGCUCCCCGUCCCCCUGGGGCCAGGCUGCGGCGUCCUGUGUCCCCCACUCAGGGGCCUCGCGCGGGGCGGCGGCACCCAGAUUUCCGGUCGGGGUGGGAUGUCGCCUGGAGCCGGCAUCUGAGGGUGCCGGCCGGGGCUGUGGGGUUGCCUUGGCCCAGCUUCUCGAGGAACCGGGGGUGCCGGAAAAGGCGCUGUGGGCAGACCCAGCCGCCUUGGGCCUGGGCCGGGGCCCCUGACUCCCCAGCCUGGGACUAGGCAGGGAGGGGAGGGACGAGCCCACCCCAGGGUCCAAAUGCACUAUUAAAUUAUUUUUGCCAA